AUGGCCUGUGCAAGAACGGAUAGCGCCGCGCGGUCGCGGGUCCUCACACCAGUCCUUCCGUGUUUCGCGGCGCUCCUCGUUGCUCUCCUGCCGCGUGUUGUCCAGGCUGUGACGGUGACUCUCGCCGACUCUCAAGCGGCGGCGCUGAAGGAGUGCGCGGCGGAGUGGGGGAUGGGCGCGACGGAGUGGGCGCAAGGCGCGGAUUGCGCGCACGCGGAGACGAUCACGUGCGACAAGGACGGCAUGGUCACAGAGUUGCUGCUGAAUUCAAAGAGCCUCACGGGCUCCAUCCCCCUCGCCCUCACCGCGCUCUCCCGCCUGCAAUCGCUGAAUUUGCAGACCAACAAUCUGUCCGGCCCUGUGCCCCCCGCGCUCUCCGCCCUCCGCCUGCUCACCUCCCUGAGGCUGGGCAACAACCACCUCACGGGUCCAAUCUUCACCGUCAUUGCGCGCAUGCCAUGGCUCGUUGAACUGGACCUCUAUAGCAACAACUUCACGGGGCCCAUUCCACUCACGGUCUCGCGCCUGCAGAAACUGUCGCAUCUCGAUAUGGAUUUCAACGGCUUUUAUGGGCCGUUGCCGCCAGCCUUCUUCCGCCUCAGCGCCCUCGCAAACCUGCGCAUCGCAUCGAUGGGCCUCUCUGGCCCGCUGCUCGAUGGCAUCACCGCCCUCUCAUCCCUUACGAUGCUCGACGCGUCGGGGAACAACAUCUCAGGAAGCAUCCCUGCCACCAUCACUACCCUCUCACACCUCGAGUACCUGAUGCUGGGUAUGAACAAGCACCUCUCAGGCUCCCUGCCCAGCACCCUGGCACGCCUCACCACCCUCAAAGACCUCACACUGGGAAACACGGCCAUUUCGGGCGAGCUGCCUCGCUUCCUCACCGCCCUCACCCGACUCGCCAAUCUUGACGUGACCAACACGGAGCUACGAGGAACCGUCCCUCCCACUUAUGGAGCCCUCAAUAUUGACUACUUUUAUUUUUCUGGGACCAGGUUAAUGUGCCCAAUGGAUGGCAGCAGAUGUGAAAUCAGGCAAAACCUUUCAUCGGCGUUUUGCAACAUCUGUUAUAUGUUCUGCACCACGUGUGUCUCAAUCAACGCACCAAUCCCCAGACCGCCUCCCCCUUCCCCUCCUCCCCCUCCGCCAACCCCCUCCCCCCCGCCUCCUCCCCCCAUCGUUACCGUCUUCCUCGCCCCUCCUCCCCCUCCGCCCUCCUCCCUCCCACCGUCUGCGAUUGCGGGAAUAGUAGCGGGUGCAGUGGUGUUGCUGCUUCUGAUGGUGGCGGCGGUGGGAUGGGGGGUGUGGAAGUGGAGGAAGGGGAGGGAGCAAACGGGGGAGGAAUCGACCACACCUCUGCUAAAGCGCACACCCGCCUGCCCUCACAUCCCCCUGGCUGACAUUCUCAGGGCCACGAAUGGGUGGGCGGAGGAACGGAGGGUGGGGGGAGGCAGGUGGGGUGACGUGUACCGGGGGGUAUGGGUGGAGGAGGAGGAAGCAGGGGAUGAGGAGAAGCAUGGGGGGAAGUAUGGGGGGAAGGAUGGGAAGCAGCAAGGGGGAGAGGUGCAGGGGGGGUCUCAGGUGAAGCGGGAGGGGAGCAGCAAGGGGGAAGUUGCAGAGGGGAAGCAGGUGUCUGGGUCAGGGACAAAAAAGCUUUCAUGGAGGCGGGGGGAAAAGUGGGCAGUGAAGCGCAUGAGGGGAGGGAUGCAUGGGGCAGAGAGCGCGGAGCUUGAGGCUCAUGUGGCGGGCUUGGCUUCCCUUGUGCACCCCAACGUGCUUGGGCUUGUGGCCUGGUGCUGCUUCCCUGUAGCGGGGGAGGGGGCAGGGGAGGGGGAGCGGGAGGGGGAGGAGGAGGAGACGGUGGGGGGUGAGGGGGGGAAUCAGCUGGUGUUGGUGUAUAAGUGGAUGGAGCGGGGCAGCCUGCAGGCAGCACUGCAGCCAGGCGCCACGCCCUUGUCGCUGCAGCAGCGGGUGGACGUGGCAGUGGGGGUGCUACUGGCGCUCAAGGCCGUGCAGAGCCACGGGCAGGUGCAUGGCGACCUCAAGCCCUCCAACGUGCUUCUUAGCCCUUCCUUUGAGGCGCGAGUGGUUGACUGGAGUGUGGUGUGCAUGGGGCAGCGCGUGCAUGUGGACAUGGGCAACAGUGGCUCAGAAGGGCAGCGGAAAGGCGUUGGCAAGAAAGGCUUGGCAAGGAUAGUGUCCCUGCCAAGUGGAGACAGAGGCACCAGCAGCAGCAGUGGCAAGGAUGGUGGCAACAGUGGGUAUUCAUGGGGGGCCGGUAGGAGUGGCAGCAGCAGCAGCAGCAGCAGCAGAGACGAGCAGAAGGUGUAUUUGCUGCGGUGCACGGAAGGACACGUCGAUCCGGCUGUUGUGCACACCGGCAUUGCCACUCCCACCAGUGACAUGUACAGUGUGGGAGUGCUCCUACUCCAGAUGCUCACAGGCUGGGAAGGUCCCUUCAGGGAUGUGGAUGGCCAGAGCACACACAUCUAUGACUGGGCCCGGCAACACGCAGACUCGGACGACGUCUCUCCUCUCCUCGACCCUCUGCUGCCACACCCCCUGCCCCCUCCCGCCACCCUCCUCCCCCUCUUCCGCCUCGCCCUCGCCUGCUCGUCCCCCUCACAGUCCGCCCGCCCCAUGCCCGUAUAUGCUCUUGAAGUUGUGAGGAACUUCCGCACCUCCCUGCUGGAGGCGUUGCGGCCUGGAAGGGGACUUGGGGGUGCACAUGGGGAAAAGGGAAAGGGGGACGGGGGAGAAAAGGGUGAAAAGGGAGUGGGGGAAGAGGGAGGAAAGAGAGAUAAUGGGGGGAAGAAUGAAGAGGGGGGGAAGGGGAAGAGUGGGGAGGAAUGGAGUGGGGUGUCCAUUGGAGAAAGUCCUGAGGGAGCGGCGGAACAGAGUAAUGACUAUACAAGGCUGCCAUUAGUGGGUGCAGCAGAGGAUGGUAGCGAGUCUAUGGUGUAG